CGCGGCUGGCACGUCAAAUCCAAAGCACAUUCCUCAAUCUAGCAUAGCAUUCCCAUUCAGUGGCCGAUUCCUUGAUGGCUAGCCAUCACACCCCCAUGCAUCUCGAUUAUAAGUGAAAUGUCCCCUUUCGAUGCUGAUAUGGCCUCUGGCAACUCAGUUAAGCAACAAAAGAGGAAGAGGCAAAAUGCUACCGACAACACGAGAGACAAUCACUUGGAACGUCCACCCGUCCCCCCUAGGGAAUCAGGGCCUUCCCCGCAGAACUCGAGAAGCACUCCUCAACCCCGAGGCCACAAGAAGCUGAAGCCGGCUGUCGAGUGUCGGAUAGAGUGGCCGCAGGCGUUUGUGGACUUGAACAAGAUCCACCAGGCUCUUAACUUGGUCUUCACGUUCUGUUCUACGCGAAAGCAUCUCGCCACCACCUUCGAUACGAUCCGGUCCGCAGUCGAAUCGAAUACAAAGCGCGAGCUGACGGUCGAGGAUGUGGCUACCGUCGUGGCACUACGACCUGAUGGCAUUUACUUCGGUUACGUAGAUGAAGAUAUGCUCCAGAUACAUAUCAAGGGAGCUGAAAGAGACACGACGUUCAAGUCCGGAAAAUCGAGAGAUAUCACUGCCCAGGGCCCUGCUCCCGAUGCUUCCGUCGGUGGUUUCACUGGCCUAGACGAACUUGGCGCCCGUCAUCCCAAUGACAUAUCGCCUAGCGGCAAACAAGUCUUAUAUUUCGAGUUCGUUGACGAUGACCUCAAAAGGCAGGUCCCGCACAGGAAGACGGGGGAGCCAACCAAGCCUAGUAGGAAACUACGAGAUGAGGAUUUGAAAAUGCCUAUCUACAGUCAGAAGCAACUGACAACACUGAUUGAGAAGCGUAACCAGAAGUUCACCAAUGCGGUGAACGCUUUCAUAAACCGCUGCGUAGACGCAAAUAUAGACCCUGAGAUCAUGAUCCGCCAAGAGGCCGAGUCUUAUAUUCCGACCCCCCCUGAGCGAGAAGGGUCCGUCUUCCAGCCUACGUUGAGUACCGUCCCAGAAGAGAUCCCGAAAGAGAGAAAGAGUAUUUCGGAAAUCAUCCAGGAACUCAAAGACAGCGCCUGGUAUACCGGCCAAAUCGUCCCGGACGGACAUCGCGUGUUCCCAGCGCAAGAGCCAGUCUUUGGCGAACUUGACUUCCUCCUUAGCCAGGAUAUGGUGAAUGCACUGUACAAUGCCAAGGGAAUCACACAAUUCUACGCUCAUCAGGCCGAAGCGAUCAACCACCUUCAUUCGGGCCGCAAUGUAGUGGUCUCAACCUCCACAAGCUCGGGGAAGUCCCUCAUUUACCAAUUGCCCGUCCUGUAUGCUUUAGAACAGGACCAGAAUGCCCGGGCUAUAUACAUCUUCCCUACGAAGGCUUUAGCUCAGGACCAGAGGAAAAGCCUUAAAGACAUGCUGGCAUAUUUCUCGAGAUUGCAGAGUAUUCUCGUCGAGACAUUCGACGGAGACACACCGAUGCACGACAGGAAUCAGAUCCGGGAAGAGGCUCGAAUCAUCUUCACGAACCCGGAUAUGCUCCACCUCACCAUCCUCCCGCAAGAGGACAGAUGGCGGAGCUUUCUGAAAAACCUGCGCUAUGUUGUCGUUGAUGAGCUGCACUACUAUAACGGCUUGAUGGGAUCGCAUGUGGCAUUCAUCAUGCGGCGACUUCGGCGAAUAUGCGCCGCCGUCGGAAAUAGAAAGGUUAGGUUUAUAUCGUGCUCUGCUACUGUCGCAAACCCGCGGGAGCAUUUCAAGGCCAUUUUUGGUAUCGACGAUGUGCAUCUGGUUGACUCUGACGGCUCGCCCUCCGGUAGGAAGGAGUUCCUCUGUUGGAACACACCCUACAAAGAUCCAGGAGACCCAUCCAGCGGCCGUGGAAAUGCGAUUGCCGAAUGCGCUCGUUUGUUCUGUCAACUUGUCCUACGGGGGGUUCGUGUGAUAGCGUUCUGUCGCGUGAGGAAACAGUGCGAAGAACUCGUUUCGGCUGCCAAAAGUGAGCUGGAAUCGCUGCGAAGGCCCGAAUGCAUGGCUCGCGUCAUGGGUUACCGUGGAGGAUAUACAGCCCAAGAUCGUCGAAGAAUCGAGAGUGAGAUGUUUGAGGGCAAGCUUAUCGGCAUCAUCGCAACUACUGCCCUUGAACUGGGUGUUGAUAUCGGCACCUUGGAUUGCGUUAUCACCUUGGGGUUCCCAUACACGAUCUCGAAUCUGAGGCAGCAGAGCGGCAGAGCGGGCAGGAGAAACAAAGAUUCGCUGUCCGUGCUCGUUGGGGAUUGCUUCUCAACUGAUCAGCACUAUAUGCAGAACCCCGACGAGCUCUUUACCAAGCCAAACUGCGAGCUUCAAGUUGAUUUGGACAACAUAUUGGUCCUGGAGGGUCAUAUUCAGUGUGCGGCGUAUGAGAUGCCCAUCAAACCCGUCGAGGACGCUGCCUAUUUCACAAAAGACCUUGCAAAGAUUGCAGAAGAACGCCUAGUCAAGGACGAGCUUGGAUACUAUCAUUGCCACGACAGGUUCCGACCGGUUCCUUCUAGGUUCGUGGCAAUCCGAGAUACCGAGGAUGAGCACUUCGCCAUCGUUGACAUCACGCACGGGAGGAAUAUUGUCCUUGAAGAACUCGAAGCUUCGAGGGCAUUCUUCACUAUUUACGACGGCGCCAUAUUCAUGCACCAGGGAAAUUCAUAUCUCGUGCGCGACUUUCAGCCGGAGAGGAAGAUGGCCCAGGUAGAGAAGGUUAAAGUCGAGUGGACGACGCAGCAGCGGGACUUUACUGACGUCGACCCCGUAGAGACAGAAGCUACACGUAAAAUUCCUGGUUCGCUGUCGCGUGCGUUUCACGGUUCGAUACGGGUGACGCAGAAUGUGUUUGGAUACUUUAAAGUCGACAGGAAGCGCCGGAUCCUCGACGCCGUCCAAGUCGAUAAUCCGCCCAUCGUCCGGCACAGCAAAGGUAUGUGGCUCGACGUCCCGAAGCGGGCGCUCGACAUACUCAUGGAGCGCCGCCUUCACGUGGCCGGCGCGAUACACGCUGCCGAGCAUGCCGUCAUGAGCCUAAUGCCCAACUUCGUCAUAAGCCUGCCCGGCGACGUCCGGACGGAGUGCAAGUCUGGGCUAAAGGAGUUUGCACGGAAGGAGACCUCGAGGAAGCGGCCCGCCCGCUUGACGUUCUACGACGCGAAGGGCGGCGCGAGCGGGUCCGGCAUCAGCACCAAGGCGUUCGAGUUCGUCGAACUACUCCUCGUCCAGGCCCUCGAACGAGUCGAGCACUGCCGCUGCGAGACGGGGUGUCCGGAGUGUGUCUGCUCGGAGUUCUGCGGGGAGGCGAACGAGGUAAUGAGCAAGGCCGGGUGCUCGGUCAUCCUGCAAGCGCUGCUGAAUAUGGAAAUUGACGUCGACGCCCUCCCCAUGGGGCCGGAAGAGUCGAGCCCGGCGGGUAUCGAAACAAUCGUGCUGGCUACGCCAGUCCCCUCGCGGGGUCGAAGGUUCGUCGACGAAGUAGAGGUCAAGGUGGAGGGCGGCCAAGAGGACGGCGAGGCGGGGCGGGAUACGCCGACGGUAGAUCUAGCGGUCGGUUUGGAGGGUGGCUGACCGUUGUGGGCGAGGACGGAUACGGUUCGGGUACUGAAGACGGCCUCCAUACGCAAACCUGGGGCAGAUCUAUCGACCGAUGAGCCUAUACAGACUGUAAUGGUUACGUCGGCGGAAGACUGGUCGCCCGGCCUAUGGACCGACAAGUGCUGAUGGAGAAGCUACAAGCCGAGCCUUGUCUGUGCCUCUCUCCCUUAGCAACCGCCUGUAGUCAGGCCUCCCUGCCUCCUUUUCCUCCUCUUCCUAUCUUCCCGUCUCCUCUUCUCAUAUCCUCCCGGCCUUCUUGUUUUCCUCAGUAUCACUCACCCACAUCCCCAUCUAUCAAUAU